AUGCAAGAGGCAAUGAGUCAACUGGGCUACCUGAACCCCCAACCACCACCACCUAACCCAUCAGGCGUGGGAGUUCAAAUUCCAACUUCAAAUCCUUUCUACAUGCCAGCGGACCUUGAAGAUCAUGCUUCAGUCACGAGUCUAUCCUCAGCUCUUCGCUUCUGCACAACUACUUCUCCAACCCAGGCUUUUUCGUCUCUAUUUGGCUGUCCGAAUUUUAAUUUCCUGAAUAAUAUGCCCCAAGCCUCCCGUGGAGAUGAGGAUUUCUGUGAACUCUGCCAGAAACACUUCUGCAACAAGUAUUACCUACGCAAGCAUAAAAAUGAUGUGCAUGGUAUCCCGACGGAACCUUUCACGCAGAACAGACGUCGAGAUUUGUCCUCAAAAUCCUUUACGUCGACAGACUCCGAAACCAGCAAACCCGCCGCACCGACGAACUCCAUGGAAUGGACAAAUGUGUUACCCUGUUCCGCCCCGCUACCACGGCCUGAUGAGAGUGUUCUAAAGGAAAGCGCAGGCGGUAGAAAGAACUCAGUAGAUAGUCAGGCCCACUGGGGCAAUCAACAGUCCACUCGGACCGAAACUGCGGCAGGUUUGACCACGAUGAAGUCUGAUGAUGGUGCCCUAUGGUCAAGAGGAGCAGAACAACAGAAACCCUUAUCCGUCGAUGGUACGACCGGAGGCUUACACGCUGGCGCCCUGGAUAUGUUUAAAUCCAGUAUGGCUGCGGCAAAAUUGGCUGACCGUGUAGUCUGUGAUCUGUGCAGGAAAGAGCUAUGCAACAAGUACUUUCUGCGGACUCACAAAAUUAAGGUGCAUGGUCUGUCGCCACAGGAGGUUGGCGGCCCCGUUCCACGCUCUUCGCUUGCAAAGCCCUUCGAGAAGACUACUGAGUCAGCUAUUUGUACCAGCAUGGACGGCCCUAAGUCGGUGACGACGGCUACUGCCGGGGUCUUGGGUCACAAACCUGGCCCACUCGAUUUUAGCGUUCUGGCUUCUCCCUUCCUCGCAACGGGUGGACAACCGGAUAAGUUGGUGGCGUGUCCAUCGAUGCCAUUCGGCUCCUUUCCUGGUUUUCCCCUGCUGCCUCAAAUUCCAGCUCCUCUAGGAGGAUUUCCGCUCCCUGUGCCCUGGUUUCCCAUGAUGAGCACGACGUCCACACUCCCGGAGGAGUCAAACCCCUUCAUGCCACCCCCUCUAACCUCCACGGUAGUUAACCCAGAGCUAUCAUCAGUAAAUCCCGUCCAGUCUGAAGGGGGUACAGUACCCAUGCAUGUCGAACCUCAACCACAUCAGUCAGCGGCCAGCUUCCCUGAACCCCAGCAAAAGGUUGUCGACCGACAACACUUCGAAAAUGGAGGUGCUCAACUAGAUGGGGAGGAGAGAACUCAGUCCACGAACUGGAACAGGGAAACCCAGUCGAGUGAGGCGGAGGAGCGGCAAGCUGCUGAACCCGUGAACUCCGCUAUCCAGCUGAUUCUCCUGGGCUCGCGAGCCGUCCCGUCGGGUUUGAACAGCACAUCGCAGUCGAUCGCCAAUGUUGUUCUGGAUAACCUCCAGGGUACAAUAAAGGCAGCCGACUCCAGGGCCACUGACAACAUCUCCGGUCUGCCGCCGCCAAGCAACUCUGACUGUGAUCAGCUCUCUCCGCUAACCUGCGCCGUCCCACUCUCGGAUUCCUCAAGUAGCAGCAGUAGUGGUGGUGCUGGUGGUUUCACUAGCUCCCACAUCAGUGAUGCGAAUCCAUUGCUGCUGCCGCAACAUCCAGCC